AUGGCGGCUGAAGGCGAAAUGAGCGGCAAUGGGGAGCUCGCACAGCUUUCAGCCUUGGAGGCUGCAGAAGUGUCGGCGGAGAUGUCAGAUGAAAACGACUGCACAGAUUCAGCCACUGUGGCAUCUGCGCAGCCAGACGCUGCUUCCUCCUUGCUACCUCCAGCCACAGAAGAGGAGGGAGGCGAUCUGCCAGCAGAUUUUGAACGUCUAUGGAAUGCUGCACGUGACAACCCUCACGAUUUUACAAGUUGGACUGACCUGUUGCAGUACUGUGAGCAAGAGGGCCACAUGGCAGCAUCACAGAGAGCAUUGAUGGCCUUCCUCAACCGCUACCCACUCUGUUAUGGUUAUUGGAAAAAAAUUGCUGAUCUGGAGCGCCGUGCUGGUAACAACGACAAAGCAGCUGAGUUGUGUGUUCAGGGUCUCCAGUCAAUACCUCUGAGUGUUGAUCUGUGGAUCCACUACAUCAAUUUGCUGUUGGGGACACUGGACAUGAACCUGCCCGAGUCACCCAAGCGUAUUCGCAGUGUCUUUGAGGAUGCAGUUGUUGCAGCAGGUCUAGACUUCCACUCAGACCGGCUGUGGGAUCUAUAUGUCGAAUGGGAGAAGGAGCAAGGCAACAUGAGGAAGGUCACAGCUGUGCUAGACAGAGUCCUCAAAGUUCCAACGCAGCACUACAGUGCCCACUACGAAAAGUUAAAAAAACAUCUAAACAGCAAUGAGCCCAAAGAAGCACUUUCUCUGGAGGAGUAUGAGGAGGUGAGGGCCUUUUGCCGGGAGAGUCAGAAAGUGGAGCGUACCGAACAGGCCAAGGAUAAGGGAGAAGAGAGGCCGCCAGGCGAAGAAGAGCCCGCCACACCUGAGGGCACAGACUCUGAGGAGCUGAUGCAGAGGAUUAGAGAACAAGUUUUUAACCGCAGAGACAAAAUUUACCAGCAGAAUGAAAUUGAAGUCCGCAAGAGAUGGAAUUUUGAGGAUACGAUCAAACGUCCCUAUUUCCACGUGAAGCCGCUGGAUCAAAUCCAGCUGCGUGGCUGGCAUGCCUAUCUGGACUGGGAGGUCGCCCAACUGAACAAAGACACUCAAGACAAUAACAAAGAUCCAAACCAGACAGACAAAGAUGUCAACGAGGCAGCAGAGGUAACGGAGGCUCAGCAAGGAAUGGCGGAAGCCAUGGUUGCCCAGGAUGACCACAGAGUUCGCGUUCUCUUUGAGCGCUGUCUGAUCACCUGUGCUCUAUAUGAGGAGUUCUGGACUAGGUACAUUCGCUACCUGGAGAAAAACAGUGUGGAUGAGGUUCGGGCUGUCUACAAGCGAGCAUGCGAAAUCCACCUGCCUACCACACCUAACAUCCACCUACAAAGGGCCACCUUCGAGGAAAGACACGGUGACCUGGACACGGCUCGGCGAGUGCUGGCGGCUCUGGACGAAAAGGUGCCGGGUUUGGUCGUGGUCUGUCUCCGCAGAGCCGCUUUAGAGAGAAGGGCAGGCAAACUAGAGCAGUCUGAAGCCCUACUGCGGGAGGCGGUGACCCAAUCAAAAGAGAAGCCCACUCUGCACGCCUUCUACUCCAUCAAGCUUGCUCGGCUGCUGCUGAAGCUCGGCAGAAAUCCUGACAAAGCUCGAAAUGUUUUACAGGAAGCCCUGGAGAUCAGUCCGGACAAUGACAAGCUCUACCUGAACCUGCUGGAGUUGGAGCUCUCAGCUGACACGUGGUCCUCGGAAGAGGCGGUGCAGCAAUGUGUGACGCAAGCUCUAGCGGCGCCUCUCGCACCCCAAACCAAAAUCCAGUUCUCGCAGCGUGGCCUCCAGUUUGUGGAAGAAUACAGCAACUCAAUUAAGAAUGUGCUGUCCGUCUAUGAAGAACACCAGAAGCUGCUCAAAGAGCUGGGCGGAACAAAAAGAGAAGCGGAAGAUGGGGACAAAGAUUCAAAGAAGCCGAAAAAGGGCGAUCACGGAUCAUCAGAUGUCGCUUCAGCAGAAGUUCCGGCCACCGAUCCUAAGGUCCCAAUCACUGUGCCGCCUCCUCCUCCGGAGAUGAACAUGGACACAAGCGCCCAAUCAAGUGGCUACAGCAGCUGGUAUCAGCAACCGCAUUACAGCAGUUACGGCUACCAAAACACCUGGAACUACAACCAGGGAUACUAUCCACCCAGCUAA